AUGGUCCCCAUGGGCCUCCCUGAGGCUCGCGCCAACCGUGAGCCUUGCGAGUUCUGUGAUAGAACUCGUGGCGACCAUGCAAGCUUUGUCAAGGAGCUCACAGGUGGUUCGAGGGACACGUCUGUGGUUGUGGUGACUCUGUCUAGUGGUGAAGUAUGCAUAAUUGUCAGCUUGUCAACGAGGGUUGACACUCAGGUCAUCUCCAUCGAUCCAACUACAGGCGCUCUUUGCUACAAGGGAAAACCGGGUUUAGACAUUUUUGAAUCCGAGGAACAAGCUUUAGAUUACGUCUCAAAAGGUGGUGGUUUUAGUCGCGAGAGCUCAACUGGUAGGGCAAUACUGGGCUAUGCUCCGUUGGGAGGCUCCGGCCUACUUCUUAUUGCAAAAGAAGUAUCUCCCACCAUUCCAGAUUUACCUGGUGGGGGAUGUGUAUAUACGGUGACCAAGAGCGAGUGGAUCAAGGUUUCACUUCGAAACCCUCAGCCCCAAGGAAAAGAUGAAUUGCAAAAUAUUGAGAAUUUAAUGGGGCUUAACAUAGACGGGAAGCACUACUUUUGCGAGACAAGGGACAUCACCAGGCCCUUUCCAAGUAGGAUGCCUUUGGAAAGUCCCGACGAUGAAUUUGUCUGGAAUGGAUGGUUCUCGAUGUCAUUUAAAACUAUCGGGCUGCCACACCAUUGCGUGACCCUUCUGCAGGGGUUUGCUGAAUGCCGAAGUUUUCAAAGCGCAGGACCAGUACAAGGGAUUGUUGCGCUCACAGCUCGCCGUAGCAGAUUGCAUCCAGGCACUCGUUUUCUGGCUAAAGGGUUAAACUCGUGUUUUAGUACAGGAAAUGAAGUAGAGUGCGAGCAGCUUGUCUGGGUACCCAAGGAGGCAGGUCAAAGUGUUACCUUCAACACAUAUGUUUGGAGACGGGGCACAGUCCCGAUCUGGUGGCGUGCGGAGUUAAAGUUAGACGCUACACAAGCAGAUAUAUAUGUUUCUGGUCAAGAUCCGUAUAAAGGAAGUCCACAGUACUUUCAGAGGUUGAGUAACAGAUACGUCGCACGCACUGUUGGUGGGAAUCAGAGCAAGAAUGCUUCUGUCCCAGUUUUUUGUGUGAACUUGGUUAGGAAUGGACAAUGGGAGUCUGAAUCAAUUUUAGUUCAGCAUUUUGACAGAUGUAUCAAUUACAUUACAUCAACUGGUGAACUCCCAAGUACUCAAAUACAACUAAUAAAUUUUGACUGGGCUGCCAGUACAGAAGCAAGAGAAGAACGGCGAACUAUUCAUGAACUGUGGAAACUUCUCAAAGAACCUACAAUGUCCGUAGGCAUUUCCGAAGGAGAUUAUUUGCCUUCGCAACAACGUACUAGGGAUUGCUGUGGUGAAGUUAUCUACAAUAAUGACAUUGAAGGAGCAUUCUGCUUAAGAUCACAUCAAAAUGGUGCAAUUCGCUACAAUUGUGCUGAUUCAGUGGAUGGAACUAACACAGCUAGUUACUUUGGUGCCCUUCAAGUUCUUGUGGAGCAGUGUAGACGGCUGGGAAUAUCACUUGACAGGAACGGGACAUGUCCAUGUCCAGCUUGGAAGAGAUUUGACGAGAAAGUUGAUGAAUUUAAGAAAUCUACAAUAUUGUCACCCGUUUCUCAGUUAGCUGAUCUUUUCCAGCUGGCUGGUGAUAUCCAUUCAUUACUUUAUACUGGGACCGAAGCAAUGCCCAGCCAAAUGCUCAGCAUAUUCAAUGAAGAAGCAGAGUAUGGAGAAGCAGAGGAUAUGAUAGCAAGGAGUCUUACGCGGGGUAAACAGGCAUUUGUAGAUAGUUCCCGCCAGAGGCAACUGGAGAUGUUUCUUGGAAGGAGACUUUUUAAGCAUCUUCCAUCUAUUCCAGUCCAACCUCUCAGUGUUCUCUCUCGUCCAUCGGGAUUCUUUCUCAAGCCAAUUGCCAACAUUUUCCCGAACCAUGUUGGUGGCGCGAGUCUCCUAAGUUUCAAUAAGAAGGAUGUAAUCUGGGUUUGCCCGCAGGCUACGGAUGCAGUUGAACUUCUUGUCUAUCUUGCUGAGCCUGGCCAUGUCUGCCAGCUUCUUCUUACCAUAUCACAUGGUAAAGAUAAUUCGACAUAUCCAUCGAAAGUUGAUGUAAGGACUGGACAGGACCUUAAUAGUCUCAUACUGGUGCUGGAGGGCGCUACUAUUCCUAUGUGUGCGAAAGGGACAAAUCUUUUGAUCCCCUUGCCAGGACCAAUUAGUGCAGAAGACAUGACUAUUACUGGAGCAGGGGCACGACAUCAUUCUCAAAAUGCGUCAACUCUUUCAGUACUAUAUGAUUUUGAAGAAGUUGAAGGAGAACUGGACUUUCUUACUCGAGUAGUGAAACUGACUUUUUAUCCUGCUCUCUCUGAUCAAAGCCCUGUGGCGCUUGGCGAGAUUGGAAUUCAUGGAGCUUCCCUCCCUUGGUCUGGAGCUUUCACUGGGGACGGCAGUGGUGCUAAACUUAUCGAGCUCAGCAAAAAGUUUCAAAAGGACAAUUUGUUGACCGGAAGGGUUACAUCUAAUGGUAGCCAGCAGUACAUAAGUCAUCUGAAGAACCUUGCAGGGGCUGACCUGCGAAAGAAGCUUGACUUUACAGAAGCCAUGAAGCUUGAAAUAGAACGCCUUCGACUAAAUCUUUCAGCUGCUGAAAGGGAUAGAGCUCUUUGGUCAGUUGGGAUUGAUCCUGCUUCAAUUAACCCCAAUUUGUUGCUCGAAGAAUCUUACAUGAAAAGAUUAUGCCGAAUUGCGGAUUCGCUUGCAUUGCUUAGGCAAGCUUCACUUGAAGACAGAAUCACUGCUGCAAUUGGUCUUGAGAAUACUGAUAAUGACAUCAUAGAUUUCUGGAAUAUAGCUGGAUUAGGGGAAAAUUGCUUGGGUGGUAUGUGUGAAGCUGAGGUUCGUGCGACUCCAUUUUCAACAGUUCCACCAACUUCCGUACAACUUCCUCUGGUAUGCUCUCGUUGUAAAAGGAAGGUCUGUAAGGUUUGUUGCGCUGGUAAAGGAGCUCUUCUCCUUGUGAGUUAUGGUAUUGUUCAAAGUCAGGGUGGAUCGAGCCCUGGUGGUCAAGUUGAUGUCUCAACAAACGGAAUGACAGCAAUUGAUGGCAUUCUCUGCAAAAGUUGUUGCCAAGACAUUGAGCUUGAGGCGUUGAUGUUGGACUACAUCAGGGUAUUGACCAGCUUAAGAAGAAGUACUCGUGCUGGUGAUGCUGCUCAUACAGCCUUGGAUCAGGUGAUGGGAUCUUCCGUAGGGGAUUUUCCAUCUGAAAGAAAUAGACAUUCUGAUUCUAAGACAGCUGUUGAAGUUCAAAGACAACUACUUAAAGGAGAGGAAUCACUUGCUGAAUUCCCUUUUGCCAGCUUUUUGUAUCCGGUCCCAACUGCAGUGGGUUCUGCCCCACCAUUAUCAUUGCUUGCUCCACUCGCUUUUGGGUCGGAGCAUUCGUAUUGGAAGGCUCCUACCAGUGAUACCUCUGUUGAGCUGGUCAUUGCUCUGGGAACCCUUUCCGAUGUCAGUGGAGUGAUCAUGCUCGUUAGUCCAUGUGGCUAUUCUGCGGCGGAUGUUCCCAGUGUGCAAUUCUGGGUUAGUAAUGAGAUACAAAAAGAAGAAAGAUCAUCAAUAUCAUCUUCCUCAGAAUUCUAUGGACAAGAAAAUUUGGCUGCGGAAGAUGGAGUCCCCAGGCAUAUAAGAUUUACUUUCGGAAAUCCUGUCCGAUGCCGCAUUCUAUGGAUUACUCUGAGCCUACAGCACCCUGGUUCCUAUUCUGUUAAUCCUGAGAAAGAUCUCAAUCUUUUUUCUCUGGAAAAGAAUCCCAUCUCACAGCUUGACCGGCGUGCUUCCUCUGCAGGCUCAACUGAAAGGGAACCCUGUAUUCAUGCCAAAAGAAUAUUAGUCGUUGGAAGCAUGGUAAAAAAAGAGACGAGAGUGCCACGGUCCUUGAUUCGGCCAACGAACUGCCGGCCUGUGAGACAAGGCUCUGACCAGACAAAUUCGAGAAACUGGUUGGACAGAGAUCCUCAGUUACAAAGGUUUAAGGUUACUUUCCAAGCUGCGAGGCUCAAGGACAAUGGUCUUACCUUGGAGCAGGACCUUUCUUCUCUCUCACCUUUGAUUGCAGGAUUUCGUUUAGAUGCUUUUAGUGCAUUCAAGCCACGGAUCACCCAUUCCCCGCUUCCAGAUGCAUAUACGCAGGAUGGAUUGACAUUAAUGGACGAUAGAUACAUCUCUCCAGCUGUGCUAUAUAUACAAGUUACCGCUCUUGAGGAAUCCCAAAAAGAGGUGACUGUAGGAAAAUAUCGGUUGCCUGAGGCAAAACCGGACACUGCCAUGUACUUCGACUUCCCUAGAAAGAUAGAUGCGCGCCGAGUGACCUUCAGACUCCUCGGCGAUGUCGCGGCGUUUGUUGAUGACCCUGCCAAGCAGCAAGACUCGAACUCUAUGACUGCCCAACUGGCCACCGGCUUGUCGUUGUCGAAUAGAAUAAACUUGUAUCACUAUAUGGCCUUGGGCGACCAUUUGGCUGUUUGAAUCACGCCAUAUCUUUAUCGAGAUUUGUGGUUCCGCUUGCAAUUGGUAUUCUAUUAUCAGUUUUCUUGUAAGAUUUGGAUGCAUCAGUGUAUUAUUCAUCGACUAAACGAGAUUGUGGGGUCAUUUCUGUUGUAUGGUCUUUCUUGUAUAAGCUGAACAUGGUUAAGGAUUAUUUGUUUCUCUUGAAUAUUUGACGGGGAGUCUGAAACUUACCGGACGAAGAAUAUUUAAGUAUAUUUUGAUGAA